UGCAGUCUUAGAUAUGGGAAAUAUUUGGCCAGGUAAAUUUACAUCUAUCUUAAUCACACUGAGCGUUAUCAGUUUACACGGGUACAGUAGAACAGAAAUGUUUGCUUAGAUCGUCGUAUCCAAAGACAUUUUGACUUUGCUGUGGUUCGAGCGAUCUAUAAAAAAAUAUCAGGUAUUACAUGGGCGUAUUCUAACUGAGGACUUUGCAAAGAUUGCCGCAAUGUCAUCAAAAUAUGUGCGCUGGCUCACCAGUUUGGUUGUUCUUGGUUUCACUUCUCAUACAGGGUAUUGUCAAAACAUUAAAGUAGAGUACUUUUCAUCAGCGACAUUACCAUGUGAUAACAAAGACCUGAACUUUACAAUGAACCCUGGCGGACAGUCGGGGGUGGCCAGUAAGUAUUGGAUCCUCCCCACCGGAAGUCUAGUUGACAAUACUUCAAAAUCGGACCUGGUGGAGAAAAAUGUGUACCGCUGGACUCUGUCCGAAAAUUUCAGCAAUUUCAAUCUUACAAUAAACAGGGUAAAUGAUGAAGACUUUGGAAUGUACAUUUGUGUCAUUGUUUUUCGCGACAGCACUAUUAAGAUCGUUCGGCGGGGGCUGAACCUGGACGGAGCAGACUUCAGUAAGCUGGAGGAGAAGUAUAAAGAGAACGCCAUCAUCGGGGGAAUUGCAGCAGCUUGUCUGUUUGUGGUGUUCUCAGCAGCCUGUGUGAUAUGGCAAUGUCGGUAUAGUUCGCGAGAAAAAAGAACCCAGAAGGAGGGGUUAGAGAAAGGCGACCCGACCGAGAAAGCGUUCGAUAAUUCUGCCAUAGAAGUCGACGAAACAAAUCAUCUGUGAUCAUAUCAAUACAAGAAACAAUUUAAAUAAACCGCAUAAUCAGAAAUUAUUAGAAAUAACGUAACAUGACCAAUGAUAUAUACUUCUUGUGGAUUACAGAGUUUUGCUAAGUGUAACAUAAACGGAAACAGAUCACACAGAAAUUCUUGUAGAUAUUAUUCAGAAUUUAAUGCAUAACUGAUCAUUUCUACUCUCGAUCUAGUUUUUACUUUAAUAUCACUUGUCUUCCUAUUAUCAAUGUAUCAAUGCUUUACAUAAAUAUAAUGUGUAACUCUGUCUACGCAUUAAUGAGUCCCUAUCGCACAUGCAGCAAUGAAAUUCACCCAUUAAUAGAUCAGGGCUAUAGUAAUUGAGAUGUAUACAUUAGUUUGAUAAAAUGAUUUUUUUACAAACGUAAAA